AUGGUCUCUACCUUGCCGGAGAAGUCUGAGCUGAAGAGGUCCAUGGACUGGUCUAUGGGACUGAAAUAUAGGGUUAGGGGUCUGCACGAACCUUGCGUUGCCCGUGUCGCCGCCAAACCUAACAAAGAAAAGAAGCAAAAGAAAGAGGUAGUAUAA